AUGGCUCACAGUGCUUGCUUGUUGAGAAUUGAGUUUAUGGAAACAGUUGCAAUGCUUCAAAUAGUGUUAUUGCUAAUUCUCUCCUGUACAAUAGCAGAGUUUGCUUUUAGUAGUGAUGCUCGGGUUAUAGGCUGCCUAGAGACAGAGAGAGAAGCUCUUAUUGACUUCAAGGAUGGUCUUGAAGAUCCUGAAAACCGGCUUUCAUCCUGGAGAGGAAGCAACUGCUGCCAAUGGUGGGGGAUACACUGCAACAAUACAACUUCCGCUGUUAUAGCAGUUGAUCUCCAUAACCCGCAUCCGCUGAUUUCAUACAAUGAUUCUUCUAGCAGCCUCUUUUGCUGGAAAUCCAGGCCUUUGUGGUCCUCCUCUUGUUGUAAGCUGUCCGGGUGCUGA